GACAGAGUCUACUGAGACUAUUUCGGGUUGAUGCCACUAAUUUGCUUAAAAUUUUAUAAAACUAUGAAUUUCCCAGUCCACCAGUUAAGGAGAAAUUUAUGUAUCACCCAUCAGACGACUUUGUGAUUUAUUAUUAAGAGAAAAUAUGAGAACUUUUAGUAGUCACAAGUGGCAGACGUGGGGGUGUUACACUGUAUUAGGUUUUUAACAGAUUUUUUUCGGUUGAACUAUACUGUUUUCAAUAUUUAUUGGUUCAACUAAUCCAGAUUCAUGCGGGAUAGGGUUACUACGAGAUGAAGUGUCCUCUACCAAGACGAGAAAUUCUCCAUUCUUAGAAUUCGAACCUGACACUUCUAUUUAGGAGUAAAAGAAUUUCAAUCAUCUCACUGCUCGAUUGCUAAAACUAAAUCAGGUAGUGCAUCCCAUGUCAUAAAAUAUAGUUAUAAAAAUUGUUUGUGAUACUGAGUGAGAGUGAGAGACUAGAGAACGUGGGAGUCAUAACUUUUUAAGGUUUGGCAGACAUGGCAUCCACAUUCUAAUUCUCUACCCCAUGCUGCAUUUCUCCUAUAAAUACCUCAUUCCUCUUAACUGCUGUUCUCACCACUCUUCAGUUUUAAUCAACUCUCAUCUUCACAUCAGCUCAAAUAUAUGCCUGCCUAUAUGGAUCCUCAAGAAUCAGAUAAUGAAACUUUCAUUGAAGUAACUGACCUCAAGUUGUUAGUCAACCAGGAGAGCCUAGGCAGUGAGAAGCAAAUUUCAGUGGAUCCCAUUUCCCUUAAAGAAUCAAAUGAAUUAGCCAUCCCCUAUCCAAAACCCAAAACUCUUAACAUUCCCAAGAAAAUCUUAAGCUUCAGCCUUCCCAACUCAACUACCUCAUCUCCCAAUUUUUCGAAGAAGCAGAACAAGUACUACAAGAACCAAAUGAGUCAACUACCCUCUCCCAUGUCGUCAUCAACCAAUCAUUUGGCUCGUCAGCACUCCGUGGCUCUCACUAACCUUGAACGGUUAAGAGAAAUCCACUUACGGAGGAGCAAGUCGUGUGGUGAAGGCAGAGCCAGUGCUCCACCUGAAGAAUUCGAUAUUUGGUUCACCCCUAAUAGCACUCAUAAAGAAGUAGCAGCACCAGUGGACAACAACAUUAAGCUGUUCAAUACAGAUAGCUUUUUCCAUGAAUCAGAAGUUGGGAGAAAAGAUGAAAUUUACGACCAUAAAAGGUUGGAGGGUCGAAAUCAGGACGAGGAGAAGUUCAAAUGCGGAGCAUUGUGUUUGUUCAUUCCAGGUUUGGGAAAGGGAAUCAAACAUGUAAAAGCAGGGAGAAGGCAAGUAAGCGGAGUAUCAUCAUCGUCCGAUAUAGGACCACAUGUAGUUUCCAGGACAGUGUCUUUGGAGAAAUUCGAAUGCGGUUCAUGGACAUCAUCGGCCGCUAUAAUCAACGACGUAGGAGAUUCUGCCUCCAAAAACAUGUUUUUUGAUCUGCCAAUGGAGCUCAUCAGGUGCAGUAAUGUGAACGACGACACAUUUUCCCCUGUUACGACAGGGUUUGUUUUCGACAAGGAAGUAAAAGGGGUCCUGAAAAACACAACAACAGUAACAACUCCGAGGAAAUCACAUGAAUCUACACGCCAUGUUCGGUUUUCUACGUCGUCCCCGACAUCGUACCCGCCAUCACCUAAGUCCUGCAUAACACCACGAAUGCUCAGGGCUAGAGAAGACUUCACUACCUUCCUAGAAGCUCAAAGUGCAUGAUAUAUAUUAUCGGAUUUUUACCAAAGGAUUCAUCAUUUGCUAUGUAUGUAUCAAAAAAGUUGACUUUGUAAAUAUACAGUGUGAUUUUCCGGUGAAGAAGGUUCGGAUGAACCCCUUCUGCAUGAUCCCCCAAUCCCCAGUACUUAAAUACAGCGCGCGGCUCUUUCUCUUUCCCAAUAUUUAUAAUUAUACUCCUCCUUGAGAUGAAAUGGAAGCAGCAUUGUAAAACCUUUGUUCAUAUGGAUUUUGAUGUAGAUUGAGCGAGAGCUCAUGAGUGAUACUAAACUGUAAUGUAAUGUAUGAGUCAUUUGGUUUACAACGUGAAACUCUAUUAGUUUAAUCUGACUAAUUCUAACUUUGCUUUAACUAAUGCACCCUUAGUAUUAUUAAACUCUGUACUAAUUGACUAGUGAUCGAGGCUUGCUCAAGUGGUUGAGCGCACCUCCACCAUCAACCACAAUCACGCGUAAGGAUAAAUGGGAAUCCUAUUGAUCCUCUCAACAGAAAAAAAGCAAAAAGCUAAGAAUUUUUGUGCUACUUUUCACCGCAUGGCAUCUUUACAUUAUUAUUCACUUAAUAAUAUUCUUCGGGUACAAGAUUUAAUCCGAUCAACCAGAAGACCUAGGUAAGGGUGAUUUGGAAAAAUAGGAUACUUUUAUUGCCACUAUUUAAAUUUUAAUUCCAUUUAACUAAGCGUAGUUUGUAUUUUGUCCUUUUACUAUUUCUUGUCUAGAUUGUUUCUAUCGAAAACAGACUUUCUAUCUCACCUCUGAGGUAGUGGUAUGGACUUGCGUACACUAUCCUUUCCGGACCCUACUUGGUGAAAUAUAUUGGAUAUGUUAUUGUUGUUAACUAAUAGCUUGUGGGUCAGAAUUAGUUAGAAAUUAGAAUGGACGGAGACAGGCUAGUUGCUACAACAGGGUACUUGCUCUGUGAAUUUUUUAAGAGUUUCAACAGGGUACUUGCUCAGAAGACAUUGGGCUCCAGCAGCAGCUAGGCCCAAUGGGUACGCCCUAUAGUUUCUCAUGUAAAGUUAACUGACACAUCAACUUUACUAAAAUGUCAAUUUGCAAUAAAUUCCUAUUUUGUUUUUACCUUUUUUUGGUAAAGGAAAAAAUCACCCUGUGGAAACGCAGAUUAAAGAAUUUUACCAUGAUCAAAGUAUAUUUACCUCCUAAGAUAAUUGACAAUGUUGAUUGUAAUAAUAAGCUACUGCUUUGUUCUCAUGGUGUUUCAACUGAAUGAAAUUUAAACAAGAAGGAUUUAUUCAGUAGAAAUAAAAAUGUUUCCCACAAAAAAUAUAUGAAGAAAGAUACAUUUAAAUUAGAGAAAACUCAUAUUUGAGGAAUCACUUUCACUAUAAAUUCUUGCCGACAUGAAUCGGUGAGUUAAAAGCUGCUGCUGCUCUGUCACAAUUUUUAUAUACUUCAAACAAAAAUAAUAAUGGUCCCAUAUGUUUGAUAUUUGAGGGUAAUUUCAAGAUAGUAGUCAAUCAUGAUAAGUAAAUAGGGGAAUAUUAUGAAACUAUCCUCAUAUAUGAGAUUAUUUUCUCGAGAAAGAUGAGCAAAAAAGGAUCACCACUACCUUAGCGGUUAUGAAUUACGUAGAAAGUAAAAUAAUAAUUAAGUAUAAAUCAAAAACAAGCUCGAAUAUAAUUCUUUUACGCCAAUGUUAUUUCGUUAAAAAUGUAUAGGGUCGAUGAUAUAUGGUAAUCUAGAGCACUCUAUUAACUAUAAGAUGGUCCCAUCUCAUGGAAACUCAUUUAGUACAGGAGAGGGUAUUAAGUAACUCACUUGGAUCUUUAAUUGAAUUCACAGUUGGUUUAAAACUCCACUGGUCCCAUCCAUUAUUUCCUCCAUACAAAACACCCCUAUCACCAUGCUGUUUAGGUCCCCACUGUCCCACUCCUGUAGUAUAUUUUUACCAAUUUCAUUUUGUGUUUGUUAAAGCUUGGGUCCAGUCCCACACA